UGGGCGCUAGAGCUUCUUGGUUGAGCAUUCCAAUUUCUCCCAUUCAUUUUAAUAGAAGUGGCCCAUCUCUGCUAAUAUUCUCUGCUGUUUUUCAGUGUGCAUUCUUUUGUGUUCUUAGAUUUUUGUGGACUCGUUCUACGUCAUCAUCUACUGCUAAAAUUUGAUUCCAAUCCUCAAGAAUGCAAGUACUGAGAAUGCAGGAAAUUACCCAGAUGUGUUCUUGAAAUCGAGGAUGCAUCGGAUGGUAACUUGUGGGCAAGAACUCGGUAAUACGGUGGCAGACGAAGGACAUUUAUGGUUUUGUUUUAUUUUAUCCUCAAGAGUUUCCCGCUGUAAUCUUCUGAAAUCCUGAUGGCUCGUGAGAGUCGUUAUACUCCGUCAACCUUUGUUGCUUUUUUUGGGCAUCAUUUUAAUACAGUAAUAAACAUGGAGAAAACGAGUGUUUACAGACUUUAUUCUUUUAAUGUGUCACUAGUCCUGCAAAACCUCACUGGUGUGUUGAUAUUAAUGCUGUCACUGGUGUGAUAAUGCCAGUAGUUCUCUCACUGGAUUCAAAUGUGCUGUGAUGGUUGCUUACGCAACAGGAAGAUUGCAGCACCUCUCAAAGCUUGCAGUAGAUGUGUUCUACAUCCUCCUGUCCUCCUGAGUUCGUUCUUCUAAGCUUUAUGCCAGUAUAUACAGGCUACUAAAUUCAGAGAUGGUGCCAGAGGAAAGUUGUCGAGUGAAAAUGAAGGUGAGAAUUUUGAGCAGAGUCCACUGCGGAGAACUUUCAAAUCUAAAGUUCUAGCACAUUACCCUGAAAAUGUGGAGUGGAACCCUUUCGACCAAGAUGCUGUGGGCAUGCUGUGUAUGCCAAAGGGCCUGUCCUUCCGCACGCAGACAGACACCCGCGAGCCACAGUUCCACUCCUUCAUCAUCACACGAGAGGAUGGCUCCCGGACCUAUGGCUUCACCCUCACCUUCUUCGAGGAGGUGACCAGCAAGCAGAUCUGCAGCGCCAUGCAGACGCUCUAUCACAUGCACAAUGCAGAACAGUAUGAUAUCCUGCACACCCCCCCCACCCCUCACAGUCCUGGAGACCGCCGGCCUACACCGCCACAACUCCGCGCCGCCCCCUCCCUCUCCAGGUUACAGCGCUUCAACUCCUACGACAUCAGCCGUGACACGCUCUACGUGUCCAAGUGCAUCUGCCUGAUCACGCCUAUGGCCUUUGCCCACGCUUGCAAGAGAGUUCUAGAACAGCUACACCAGGCGGUCACCUCGCCCCAACCCCCGCCCCUUCCGUUGGAGAGCUACGUCUAUAACGUCCUCUACGAGGUUCCACUGCCACCGGCCGGGCGUUCCCUGAAGUUUUCGGGCGUAUACGGGCCAGUGUUGUGUCAGAGACCCAGUACAGCCGAGCUGCCCCUCUUUGAUUUCCCCCUACAGGAGGUGUUUGAGUUGCUGGGCGUGGAGAACGUGCUGCAGCUCUUCACUUGUGCACUAUUGGAGAUCCAGAUUCUUCUGUACUCACAACAUUACCAGCGGCUGAUGACGGUGGCAGAGAGCAUCACAAACUUAAUGUUCCCCUUCCAGUGGCAGCAUGUGUAUGUGCCCAUCUUGCCCGCUUCUCUGCUACACUUCCUGGAUGCUCCCGUGCCUUACCUCAUGGGUCUGCACUCCAACGGCCAGGAUGACCGCACCAAGCUGGAACUUCCCCAAGAGGCCAACUUGUGUUUUGUCGAUAUUGACAACCACUUCAUUGAGCUACCCGAGGACCUGCCUCUGUUCCCCAACAAGCUGGAGUUCAUCCAGGAGAUCUCUGAGAUUCUGCUGGCAUUCGGCAUGUCUCCAGAGGCAAACCCUCAGUGGAGCAAAGGCCACAGCAAGAUCAGGGGGUUCCGCUCAGCUGACAUGGUCUCAGACAAGCGCAACGGCAACCUGGCUGGCUCUCCGCUCAACUCUUUUCUCCUGAGAGAGAACCAAACCAUAGCUCGCCUGCAAGCCCUGGUCAAGAGGACUGGAGUCAGUCUGGAGAAGUUGGAUGUAAAGGAGGACACUAGCACUAAGGAUUCAAAAGUGCAGUGUGAGGAGGAGGAGCUGAAGAUGCAUCAGCUGAAUAUUCGUGUGCGAGAGGUCUUUGCCAACCGCUUCACACAGAUGUUCUCUGACUACGAGGUCUUCGUCAUCCAGCCCAGUCAAGACAAAGAGUCCUGGUUCAGCAACCGUGACCAGAUGCAGAACUUUGACAAGGCCUCCUUCCUGUCAGAUCAGCCCGAACCCUACCUGCCGUUCCUCUCCCGCUUCCUGGAGACGCAGAUGUUUGCCUCUUUCAUCGACAGCAAGAUCCUGUGCCACGAUGACGAGGACAAAGAGCACACACUGCGAGUAUUUGAUUCCCGUGUCGACAAGAUCCGCAUGCUUAACAUCAGGACGCCCACCCUGCGCACCUCCAUGUACCAGAAAUGUACCAAUACUGAUGAAUCAGAAAAGGCCAUUGAGAUGAGACUGUGUAAGAUCGACCACACGGCUCUGCAUCCCCACCUGCUGGACAUGAAGAUCGGUCAGGGCCGCUAUGAGCCUGGCUUCUUCCCCCGCCUGCAGUCUGACGUGCUCUCCACUGGACCCACCAGCAACAAAUGGGUGAAGCGCAGUGCACCAGCACAGUGGAGGAGGAGAGACAGACAGAAGCAACACGCUGAACAUCUGUAUCUAGAUAAUGACCAGAGAGAGAAGUAUAUCCAGGAAGCCAGGAACCUGGGCACAACUCUCCGCCAACCCAAACUCUCCAACCUAUCACCUUCUGUCAUUGCACAGACCAACUGGAAGUUUGUAGAGGGACUGUUGAAGGAAUGUAGAAAUAAGACAAAACGCAUGCUCGUGGAGAAGAUGGGCCGGGAGGCUGUGGAGCUGGGCCACGGGGAGGGUAGCAUCACAGGUGUGGAGGAGAACACGCUCAUCGCUAGCUUGUGUGAUCUACUGGAAAGAAUCUGGAGCCACGGUCUGCAGGUCAAACAGGGAAAAUCUGCAUUGUGGUCACACCUCUUACAUUAUCAGGAGAGUAAAGAGAAGAGAGAUGCUACUCCAGCAGGCCUAGGCCCUCCUGGUAUCAUUCAUGACACAGAGAGACGGAAGUCAGAUGCUAGUUGUGCAAUGCCGCCUCUCAAAGUCUCCUUGAUCCAGGACAUGAGGCACAUCCAGAACAUCAGUGAGAUCAAGACAGAUGUUGGGAAGGCCAGAGCAUGGGUGCGUCUCUCCAUGGAGAAGAAACUGCUUUCCAGGCACCUGAAACAGCUCCUGUCUGACCAUGAACUCAACAAGAAGCUCUAUAAGCGCUAUGCUUUUCUACGCUGUGAUGAUGAGAAGGAGCAGUUCCUGUAUCACCUCCUCUCUUUCAACGCAGUCGACUACUUCUGCUUCACCAACGUCUUCACCACAAUUAUGAUACCAUAUCAUGUGGUGAUCAUUCCCAGUAAGAAACUAGGAGGUUCCAUGUUUACGGCCAACCCUUGGGUGUGUGUGUCAGGGGAGCUGGCUGAGACCGGAGUACUACAGGUGCCCAAAAACACUCUGGAGAUUACAUUUGAGUGCCAGAACCUGGGAAAACUAACCACCAUACAGAUGGGCCAUGAUAACGCAGGACUGUAUGCUAAGUGGCUAGUAGAGUGCGUAAUGGUUCGCAAUGGGAUUACAGGGCACACCUACAAAUUUCCAUGCGGCCGUUGGCUGGGUAAAGGGGUGGAUGAUGGCAGUUUGGAAAGGAUACUGGUGGGCGAACUGGUGACUAACAUGGAGAGCGAGGAAAGAAUGUGUCGGACUCCUCCAAUGCAGCAAUCCCCCGGGAUGAUGCGACGAUUUGUCACCAUUUCACCAAACAGCAAACCAAAGUUAAACACUGGCCAGAUCCAGGAAGGGGUGGGAGAGGCGAUUAAUGGCAUCGUCAAACACUUCCACAAGCCAGAAAAAGAGAGAGGAAGCCUCAUAUUGCUUCUCUGUGGAGAGUAUGGUUUGGUGUGGGCACUUGAGCAAGUGUUCCAGCAUGGCUUUAAGUCACCACGCCUCUUCAAGAAUGUCUUCAUUUGGGACUUUCUAGAAAAAGCUCAAGUGUACUUUGAGAGUGCGGAGCAGAGCCAGAUGACCCAGGAUGAGAACUGGCAGAUGAGGGUGCGCCAUUUCUGCCAUUUCAUGCGUGCCAUCAACAGCACACCCAGAAACAUCGGCAAAGACGGGAAAUUUCAGAUGCUCGUGUGUCUCGGGGCCAGAGAUCACCUGCUACACCACUGGAUAGCACUCCUUGCUGAGUGUCCAAUCACAGCACAGAUGUAUGAGGACACAGCUCUCCUAAAAGACCAUUCUCUGGUGAACUCUCUGAUUAGAGUGCUUCAGACCCUGCAGGAAUUCAAUAUCACUCUGGAGGCCUCUCUCGUCAAAGGGAUCGGUAUAUAAUAUCAUCUGAAAAUAGGGAUGCACCGAUACCACUUUUUUCUCUUCCGAUUCCGAUAUCUGAAAUCUCAGUAUCGGCCGAUCCCAAUCCCGAUCCGAUACCAGUGUUGUUGUUUUUGCAUAAUCAGUUUAGAAUAUCUUUACAUUAUUGUGUGGAAAUAAUUGGGGGUACUCUGUAUUAUGUAAAGAAACACAAACCUCUAACUACACAUUAUUUAAAUAUAAAUGUAUAGCUUAUUAAGAAAAACUUUAUUAUUAACUAGUCUACUGGAUAAUGUAGCAGCAAAAUUAACAGUAAUUCCAGUCUAAGUGUUCAGUGGAAAAGAAGGCAGUUUUUUUUUUUUUUUUUUUUGGCAAAAUAUUUUCAAUUUUGUAUCUGGAUUUAAAAGUAUUCAGAUCUAUUUUUUGUUCAAUUUAGUUGUAAGAUAUCAGUUCACUUUUCAUUCACAGUUAUUUUUUGGAACCCAUUCAACUUAAAUAUUGUUAUAAUUUGUAAACUAAUAAUAAUAAUAAUACAUUAUUAUUAUUAUUAUUAUUAUUAUUAUUGACUUUUAGAAUUUUAAAUACAACAAUAAUAUUUCUCAAUCGUGCACCUUUAACUUUAAAACCCUCUGGCUUUUAUUUUGACAUUCUGAACUCUUCAGGAAGUCCUGUAUGUGUCUGUUUGUAGGCAAGUUCACAGUAGUUUAAUUCGCUUCUUAUUCAAAUUCAGGUAAAAUACACCUCCGGUACCGUUCUAAAUGCAUAUUAUAAGUGAACCGAACUAUUGAGCAUCUACAUCUGAGAUGUUGUUUGUGAGUAACGCGCUGGCGCUGUACGUGCAUUUUAUAUAUUUACUUAUUAAACACAGACUUUUGUGAUUCAUAAAACAAUCACACGUUUUCAAGUGGCUUUGAAUAAAAUGCACGAGUCAUAUGAACUACAUUAAUGGUGUUUUUAUGGUUCUAUGUCAUUUUUGGAGCUUGACAGGAAUGAACAUGACUAACACACAGUAUCGGAUUUGGAUCGGGCUCAUCGGACCGAUACCUGAUCCGUCUAAAAACGUAAGUAUCGGAGCCGAUACCGAUCCAGGUAUGGGAUCGGUGCCAUCCCUAUCUGAAAAUAGAACUAACACAGAUCAGUGGGGACCAUGGACUAUCUAACUUUUUUUUUUUACAUGGAGAGACUUGACCAAGAGGACUAAACCUGGCUUAUGUUAAAGCUACUUUCAUGUAUGCCAUAUAAUAAGUGCAAUGAGCCUUUUCAAAUGUGUCAUGAUUUUUAUUAAUAAUGUUACUCUUAGACAUUAAAAUAUGUCUAUUUUGAUCCGUACUGUUCACAAAAAGUGGAAAACCCCACCUACCGUUUUAUUGAAAGCUCAAUAUUUUUCGUUGUUGUUGUGGACUGCUGACAAUGGCUAUAUUUAAAAGUGAGAAAAACUGUUGUUAUAUUUUCAAAGAAGAAAAGUGUUAUUUUGAUAUGUCGGUCAGGUUGCUUGCUCUGUGAAAUUAUCUAAUCCAUACUGUCACAAUGCAGAGUUUGAAGCAAAUGAUGUAGAAGUAUGCUUUAUAAAUAUAACAUGGGGAAAUUCCUAUUUUUACUUAAAAAAGCUAAGAAUGGAAAGAUGAAAAACUAGAAAACGCUCUUGUUUUGUAACAAAUCCAGGGGCUUGUGUCAUGCCCAGGUCAUACUUCGCCCAGGUCAUGUAUUGAUACAUAGUAUUUGUUGUAUUGCAUUUUAUAUUACAGUAAUUUUUAACUGUAAUACAGUAAACAAUUACUGAAUUACAUUUUUGAGAAUCGCCAAUGAGAAUAAUGGAAAUUAGUAAAUUUAAUAAGUUAAAUGUCUGAAUGAAAAUGUGAUUAAUUGUAAUGAACAUGAAGUCACAAUGCAAAAAAAAAUGGUCCUAAAAAUAGGCUUAAUUUUCUUUAUGCAAAAUAUAAUUUCGUAUUUUGGUGGUGAAAUGUGACCUGGACAUUUUUUCGUGAGAUUUAACCUAUUACUAAACUUACUAUUUUAUUAUAAUCCCCUAUAAUCAAAGACAUGAAAACAUCCCUAGAAAACCUCUAACCAAAGUAUCUGUAAAAUUUCCCCAUCUAUUCAGCCCUCAAGUCCUGACUGCGGCCAAUUGUUAUGCAAUUCGGAGUAGAAUUCAAUUGCAAUUGUACUCAGUUGCGACAGUCCAUCCCCUUAGUAAAUCCUGCUAUGCAAUAUUUACAGCUCCAAAACACUUUGGUUACUGAAUACUGAUGGAAUAUCACCUGUUUUAGAGUGUAGCAUAAUUUGUAGUCAGGACAUAACUGAGAGAAGCACAUUAAAGGCUGACAUUCAUGUGCCAAUUUCAUCAUGACUGUUCUAGUACACAUGCAAACACAGCUGGCAUGAGCAUUCUGGGAGGUUUUUUUUUUUUCUUGUGUUUUAUCUCUUGAUACAUUUAUAGACAAAGCAGUGUAAUGUAGUGUUAAAUAUUGAACAGCUGUGUACAGUGUAUAAAAUGUAUUAAAGAUGACAAUUCAAUAUGAUUGUGAUGCUUCAAUCACCUGUAUAAAUGGAAUUCAGAAAGCAAAAAAAUGUAUUUUGGAUACAAAGUUGUGGAAGCCCGUUUCCACCACUUUUUCUUUUUUUUUUUUUUUUUUUUUUUUUCAUAAAAA